UCAUUAAGUUGUUGUAUGCACACACAGAGACUGUUUUAGUUUGCCUUACAGUUUCACAUUUUUAUUUGAGUUUUUCCAAAAACUUGCGCACUACAGAAAUCGUUAACUCAACCCCACCCCUUAAACACUUACAAUGGCAUUUCUGGGUCGCUGGAACAAGGGUGGCAAAUUUGUGGACUGCGAGGUCUACAAUGGCAGCUGCUCCAAGCUGAAGACGAACCCAAGUGCUGCGGAUAGACAAGCAGCUGGAGCUGGCGCAGAUGCGGAAUCCCUGUGCACUUAUAUCAGAACGUAUACCAGGCGUCGCAGCGGGGAGUCGAGCGUGCAUAGUCCGGGCACGGUGCGCUAUGUGGGCGACUCCGGAUCAAUACAAGAAGUGCAUUCGCUUGCCGACACGGAGAUGUCCACACUGCGCUGUGGCUCGCGCCGAUCAACGGAGACGGAGUCGCUGACGCUUUGCAUGUCGCCACCGCAGGAGCCAAGCAGUGACAACAGCUCGACAUCGGAGGUGAAUGGCUAUGCCUCAGCGGAUGAAGAAGAAGUGGUCAGAGAGAAGGGCUCCACUACAUCCAUGUGCAGCUGGGAGGAGCAAGAGUACGAGGAACCGCAACAGCCAUACGAUACACAAUCCUAUGAAGUCCCAGAGCUGGAGCUGGGCUCUGUUAACAAUUCGCUGCAUGCCGAGCCGCAGAGCGUGCAGCUUAAGCUACUGCGUCAGUCCAACGAGGCGUAUGACAAUUGGCUGUCGGCAAAAAAACGGCAAUGCCAAUACAAACAGCAGGCGGCGCGUUCCAAGCGCCAACAGCAGCAACAGCAGGAGGCACUGCGUCAACAGCUGAACGAGCAGCGUGUGCGCGAAUGGUGCGAACGCAAAUCGCAGCAAUACGCCAACGCAGUCAGCAAGCAACAUCAGACUGACGCGAAAAUCAAUGCCAGCCAGCUGAGCGAGCAAUCGCUGCGGCAGCUACGUGACUGGGAGUUGAAGAAAAUCGAUCAAAUCGAGCGACAACGUCAGCGGGAGCAGCGCGAAGCGAGGCGGAAGCAACAGGCGCAAAUGCAGCGCAAGCAACAGGCGGAGCUGGCGUGGCAGCAUUGGAUAAAGGGCGUGGCGCAACGCCCCAAACCUGUGCCGCUUAACCAGGGCAUGGCAACGUUGCGCGGCACAGUGUCACAAAUCUACGUGAAUCCUGCACAGUGGGUCCAUGUCAGCGAGAACAACAGCAGAAUCAAAUAAAUACUCAAAGCUUACAGAUUAAAUUUCAUUUUAAAUAA